AUGGGAACUCCAGCUUUCCGCGAGAUGACCCCAGGCCACGCCUCCUAUCAUCUACUCAGCUCUCCUGAGAGCCUCAACUCUGCUACCACGGCUGACACUCCCGACGAUAGCCUAGUUGACUGCCCCGAGGUCAUUGCUGUUUCUGCCUGUGCUGCUAGAGCCAGCACCGCCUCCCUCAGCAACUUCACUCAUCUGCCCCUCAACCCCUAUCCAUCCGCCAGGAUGAGCGAGUCUCCUACCUCCGCCUCGAACAGCAAAGGCAAGGAGAAAGCCAUGUACAUUCCAGACGCUGACGUCCCUCGCUAUGUCGGCCACUACGCCAUCGGCACUCGUCAUCACGAGAUUUGGGGUCCUGGCUCGAUCCCUCGAGAGAGCAGCAAGGCCGGCGCUUUUGAUUCGGAUUGGCAUAUUGCAGAUACUUCCAUGAACCAAGGCGGCGAGCCUCACGGCUUUGAGAACCCCAUCUCGCGUUUGCCUUACCUGGCCGCGAAGAGCAAGCCUCCCGCGUUCGUGGAGGGUCAGCAGAUGGCCGCUGAACACAUGUUUGCCAACCAGGCCGGCGCUCAAACUUCGAUGACCGCAGCCGACGUUAGCCAGCUUCACUCCCAGUUCAGCAACAUGAGCAUCCAGCAGCAAGCUGUGCCCUCUUCCAACAACACCUCGGUCAACAGCUCCAGCAGCCACCGCACCUCUAUUGAACCUGUCCCUCGAGGCAAUAUCGGUGACAACGUUCAGCCUCUUGGAAUCGACAUUAUUCGCCUUUCUCCUCCAUCAUCUCAUCCUGCCGCCUCGGAUGCUGCCGACACCUAUCUCCAUGCUCAUGGGAAUCUCUACGCACAGAAGAUUGCUCGCGUCAAUGCUCUACGUCAAGUCGCUGCUCAGACUCAGCCUGUCGGCCCCCCUGUUCGCCAUCAGCGACAUCAUACUUCUAGUACCCCUAUUGCAGCUCAUCCUGACUUUUGUCACGCCAUGCCCCUUCACGCUUCUCUUCCUGCUCCGACCUGGAACUUUCACCCCGGCGGCCCUCAUCAGUCUCGCCACCAGCACCAGCACCAGCAUCAGCACCAGCCUCCGCAAGGCUUCAUGCCGAUGCAGGCCGUCAUGCAGCAGACGCCCGCGGCCGCCUUCACCUCCCCCUCCUCUCCCGACGGCUCCUCCUCAACCCGCUUCUCCUCCCGCUACCGCGGCAUGCACGCCGACGCCAACGCCAGCGCCGAGCAUCUCGCUGCCGAGGAGAACUGCGCCCUCUGGUUGACCAACCUCCCACCCGCGGUCACCGUCCACGAGCUGCUUGCGGCCAUCCGCAACGUUGGCCGGGUCUGGUGCACAUACAUCAACUACCCGGACUUUGCGGUCCACCAGACGGCCGCCGCAAAGGUCGUCUUCUUCACCCCCGAGGCCGCCCAGCAGCUGCUGGCCAUCUCCUGGACGCGCGGCCUCUUCGUUUCCGACUACCGCGUCAAGGUGUCCCACAACCGCAUCAAGUAUGGCAGCCAUGCGGUGCAGGGCACCAAGGUCUCGCGGUGCCUCAUCAUCACCGGAAACGCCGACUUUGUCAAUCCGGAGGAGCUCUUCAAGUACUUCAAGGGGCUCUUCAUCUUCCAGCUGGACGAGAUCAUCCCGCUCAUCCGGGCUGGCAACCGCGCCGUCGUCGAGUUCCGCUUCGGCAGCUACCGGUGCCAGGCCCAGAUGGGCAAGAUGUCGCUGGAGAAGAACCGGCAGGACGGCGUUGAGAAGGUCGAGUUUGGUGACGACCCGUGCGAGGUCGGCGAUACCAUGUCGUCGUAUGGUAUCGCGGCUGAGAGGAUCCAGGGGCGUGGUCUCUGA